AUGGCGGAUGAACGGACCAUAGGAGGCGCAACCAGUGGCCUGGCUAACCUGAUCAACCCUGGCAACCAGGGCGCCUACCCUCCACCCCCAGCACCUUACCCAGCAGCGGCCCCUUACCCAGCAGCCCCCGCGCCUGAACCGUACUCGUCCUGGGACAACCAACCGGAGCAGUCGGGGUUCACCGUCCAGUCGGGAUAUGAGGGAUUCCUGUUGCCUACAGGUCCAGCCCCAGAAGCCCACAGCGCCCUCCUACCUCUCGGAGGCCUCGCCCUGGGCGCCAGUCUUCUCAAGCACUUCCUGCCCUUCCCCUUGAACGCGUUGGCGUUCCUGUUCUCCACUAAGGUCGGUCUCUGGGUCGCAGGGAUCGCCCUCGUCACUCUCCUAGGAGGCGCUGCUACUGCCGCCGUUUGCGCCUUCACACCCAUCUGUACCAUCAGCUUUCUAGGGUUCGGAAAGUUCAAUAGAGAAUCCACCAGAGCGCUGCUCUCUCAGGAUCGUCUGAACAGUCUGACGGCAUUUGUACACGACGCCAUCGACACGUACAAGAAACUGCAGACCCGUGUUGCUAAGGCGGCCAAGAACAAGAAGUACAAGGAAGCCAAGGAGACUAAGGAGACGAAGGAGGCAGAGGCGAUCAAGGAAGUCAAGGAGGAAGUAAAGACCGCCAAGAAACUGGAGGAGACGAAAGAAGUCAAGGAGGAAGUAAAGACCGCCAAGAAACUGGAGGAGACGAGAGAAGUCAAGGAUGUUAAGAGUUAA